AUGAGAGCCAAUGUCGCUGUUGCCCUGACUGUAGGGCUGCCUGUUGCACUUGCGUCUGUAUCGAUGAACAAGAGAAUCAUUUCGCCUGAUGAGUCGACAGACAGCUACAAAUUCACCGUCAGCAUCCAAGACAGCAACCACACCCACUUGUGCGGCGGCAUGCUGCUGGACAGCACUACCGUGCUUACCGCGGCUCAUUGCUUCAACGCCACAACAGAUGAAGGUUAUGUUGUGGCGGGAAAGAUGGAUCUGACCAAAGAGGGGGGAGUCGUGGUCAAGAUCUCCACGAUUCAGCAGCCUGUACUUGAGCAGCCCAACUGGAGGCCCGCUGCCAAGGGUGAUAAGAUCAACGACAUCGGCAUCAUCAAACUGGCCACUGCCAUCGAAACGAGCAACGAAAUCGAGUAUGCAACGCUUCCAAAAUCCGCCGACGACCUCCCACCAAACUCUCAAGUAGUUGCCGUUGGUUGGGGAAAUGCGGCCAUCCUGGAGAAAGGCGAAAAAGUCAAGCCCACUGAGAAGCGGGCCGAGGCCGCAAUUCCUCUUCAGACAAUCGACAAGUGCAAAGAGACCACACAGUGGGACCUGGGAGAUACAAGCACUCUGCUCUGCGCGGGCAAGCCCGGUAAGAAUGUCUGCAAGGGCGAUAGCGGUGGCCCUCUCAUCGACGUCAAGUCCGGGACCCUGGUCGGACUCGUGUCUCACAACUUCGACGACAAUCGAGGCCGCAAGUGCAUCAGCCCCAGCAUCUUCACCAAGGUCGGCAGCUACCUCGACUUCAUCAACAACAACCUUGGACAGCGCGGCUACACGGGCGGCGCGAGCCAGUGGUACAAGGACGAGCCGAAGCUGGUGGAGCUGAAGGGAGGCCUGAUUAAGGACUGCGCGGAUCACUACAAUUCCAAGGUUGGGGAAUGUAUUCGGUCCAUCGACGCCGAGUUUGGUGCCGUAAAUGGGGAUCUUGGGGAGACGGCUGAUGAUGCGACGCGGGAAGCUUACAACGAGAAGAUAGCCGCAUGCUACAAACUGCGGGACGGCUUCACGCAGUGCCCUGUUUGUGUAAAAGAUGCGACGCUCGACUGGAAACUUGACCAAGUUGUGAAGUGUGUCGAUGAAAAGACAAAGAAAUGA